GAAUGCCUUCCCACUUUGUUGCCGGGCCAAGAAAUCAAAGUCCAAAACAAACUCUAUAAACGAAUCAGCAGCUUUUGUCAACAUCAUUGCCGCUGGUCUCUGUCACUGUGUUCAUGAUACAGGAAAUCAUGUGGAUUCCAUUGGCUUGUUUGCUGCUGCUUUCUGCUACUGUGUUCUCUCAGGAUGCAAGUGUCUCCCUCCGUUACGAAAAGUUUAGAAAUCAGCAUGUCAAUGGGCAAAUGAGUGUUACAAGAUGUGACCAUGAGAUAAGAACCAGACGCAUCACCAAAACCAACAGCAAUGAAUGUAAGGAGACCAACACCUUCAUCCGAGCCACGGCCGGAACAAUUAGAUCCAUCUGUCAGCGUGCAGGAGAACCAUAUGGUGAAAUGACCAAAAGCCUCCAACCCUUCGACAUUGUUGUCUGUACACUGAGAAACCAGCAGGCCAGGCAACCCCACUGUCAGUACCGAGGUCAAGCUCGCACCAGGAGAAUUGCAAUUAAAUGUGAACAAGGCUUUCCUGUGCACUUUGACGGAGACAUUGUGCAUUUUGAAAACUGAUUAAACAGCAGCUGUGUACUUCAAUCACUUGUCAAAUAAAAGACACCUGACAGCUUAAA